GUCUGUCCGUUCAGCUGUUCCCGAGCAUUGUGCGUUGUCGCGCGCGCCCGCCAGCAUUCUCGGGCAUAAUCAUCGACAUCGCCGUCGUCGUUCUCUGCUCCGCACUGGGAUGGGAUGCUGCCGGACGGACGACUUGUCAGUUGACUUGGGACUUGAACUCUGAAGCUGAGGCUGAUGCUGCUGCUGGUCUGGUACUGCACUGAUCGAACCAACCGAGCUGUGCAUGCGGGAGGGAGCGCUGUUGGUCGGUGCUGGAAAUUGGAUAACGCGCGACACCGACACCGACGACAGUAACUGGAGUGCUGGAGAUUGCUCUGCUGGCUGAUGAUUCCAAUCGUGACCGUCGCCGCGGAUGGACGUGUUUUGAGCUCGGAUUUCAAAUUUGCGCAAUUGAUACGAGAUUGUUUUGGCAAGUGGUUGAUCUUAUCAAAAAAGGGUUCUCUGUUGCUGACUGCGGGCGCGAGUGUAAUAAACAAUCUCGAAUCUUGAAAGGGUAUUUGGGACUUCUACGAAAGUGGGAAACUAUUCUACGAAGCCAGUGCAGGAAUUAGUUCGAAGAAAACCCAUUUGGUGGAAUUAUGGAAGAAGUGUGAAACAAUCAAAAUAAUUUCAACGAAGAGCAUAUAUCUAAAAAAAAGUGUAAGUUAAUUAUAUUGAAAACCGAAUAGUUAACACUGGUGUACAUCACAGGACAGUGAAAAGAAGAAAACAAAUAUGAAUCAAAAGUGAUCCAAUUACGGUUAACCAUCAUAUAAGAAACUCAUUUACAAACGAAAGUUGCAGUUUUCGGGAUUAUUGGAAAGCAGGCGCGGAAGCCUGCAAGAAAUCGACAAAAUUUUCACGGACGGGAAUAAGCUGGGUUCCGCCACAGCGGGUCGUGGAAUGUUUUGCUAUCACUGUCCCCCUUCGUUGCAUCCGGCAGGUCCUCACCCACCACGGUUACCCACGCUUGAGUACCCGUUCGCGCCAACGCAUCCUUACACAAGCUACUCUUACCAUCCCGCCAUACAUGAUGAAAGUUUCGUACGGCGAAAACAACGCAGAAAUAGGACCACUUUUACAUUACAACAGCUAGAAGAACUCGAGACUGCCUUUGCCCAAACCCACUACCCAGAUGUUUUCACCCGAGAGGAUUUAGCAAUGAAAAUCAACCUCACCGAAGCAAGGGUGCAGGUUUGGUUCCAGAAUCGACGAGCCAAAUGGCGCAAAGCCGAGCGACUGAAGGAGGAACAACGGAAACGAGGCGAUGGAUCCGAUCCGCAGUUAUUGAAUGAUAAGUUGGAAACCGAUAGCCGUGAUUCUGCUAGUCCGGACAUAACGGGCGAUGCGGACGACGACGACAUGCGUAGCCCAAGUGCACCCCCGAUGAGCCCCAGGGCAGACUCGGAACCGGACAGGCCCCAUUCAAGCACGCAGAUGCACUCGAUGACGCAAUCCGGAUCGAACAGCGCCGGGACUCCGUCGCCUGGUUUGAAAUUCGCCCAGCAGCCCGAUCUCAGUCCAACGCCAUCGGUAACAGCAGAUUCGCCAAUCGAAGUUGGUGGACCAAUUUCGCUAACAACUUCAACGCGUGCAUCAACGGACGAUUCCAGUCCACUACCAACAACCAACAGCAAUAGUGCCACAAAUGGUCUCAGUCCUGUUACUGCCAACAGCAGUACACACAGUUUCAGCAGUCAUCUUUUCAGCAGCUUUAGUGAUAGUAACGGUGGGUUCCGACCCGUGUUGGAUAAUGGCCAGCCAAGAACAACACCACCACUAUUCCUUCCACCACAUUUGGCAUCUCUGGGGUCACAAUUCGCUCCGCCACUGUUCCCGAACUUGAAAGCUGCCUUCCCAAGUUUAUGCACAUGCUGCCCGGCAAAAUCACCCAUCACCUCCGGUUCGUCAACAGCUACGCCCUCGCCAACGUGCACUUCCCUAGCUCAUUCGAUUGUCAACACUGGAACUACACCCACAAGCAGUUCCUCGCUAGGACCAUCUGACCCCCGCUCAUCUUCAGUAGCGGAGCUUCGUCGGAAAGCGCAGGAACACUCAGCAGCUCUUCUGCAUUCCCUACAGGCAGCGGCAGCCGCUGGCCUAGCCUUUCCCGGGUUCCACUUGCCUCCGCUUUCGCUGCACACGGCCCUCAGCAGUGGUCGCAAACCGAGUGACUUCAUCAGCGAUCUCUCGAUGCAUCACCAUCUGAGCAGUCACGCAGCGAGUCUGUCCGCGUUGGGGGCACCCAACCUAAACAACAACAACCCCAACAGCAUGAAUAACAAUGGUGCAUCAGGCCUUGGUGGUUCACCUUCCCCGACGAGGCACAAUGGUGAGAAAACCACCAGUGAUUAAUAAAAACUCUUCGGAUUGUUAGGAAUCGAGGAAAAAUUGUGAUGUUGAUCUGAAUAGGAAAGUUCAUGUACAUACUUAAAUAAAGCUAGACGAGGGAUGAAACCUCGAUCGCAAGUACAUUAGUGUAGUUCGUUUUAAGACAUUGAUUGCUUGGUAAGGGUAGAUUAUUAACAUUCCACGGCAACUUGCAAUAAAUUAGCAUUAGAACAAAGUUAGUAUUCCAAAUUACUUAAUUUAGUUGGUUAUUACAGUUUACUAGUGAAAUCACAAGGAUUUAAAAUUCCGGUUACAGUAAAUCUAUUUGCAAUAAAUCACUUGUAUUCAAAAUAUUCACUAAUCUACAAUAUGACAAAUCGAGUUAGAUAAGUUCUACCAUUACUUUCAUUAUUGGCUGCAAUGUACAUAACACGAAAGAUACGUAAAGCACAAACCAAACCAAAUCAAAAUAGCGUUAGACUUUGAAUUCUUCAAUAACAAAUCAUGAAUAUAUUUUUUAAAUCAAUCGGGACCGAAUGAACCGAGUUUAGUAACGAAGCUAACAAAUAAUGUGUCAAAUUUCUGCUUAACUGAACACCACUCAUUAUAUAUGUAAUAAAAAAAUACAAUAUGCCAAAUUGUCGAAGUGAAUAAAAUCAGCAGAAAUAAAUCUAUUAUGAUGAAGUUGA